AUGGAGAAGUGGAAAAGCUGGCUGUGGUUCAAUUUUAAAAGCUCAUUUCGCCUCCCAUCAAAAGGCAUACUUGUUAAGAUUACUUCAACCCUCAGACAUCAGGCUAAAGAGAAUAAGCAUGGGUUGGUGAAUCUUUACAACGAUAUGGAGGCCUGCGCAGGAUAUGCUGAUAUACAAGUAAUGUGGGAGAUGAUUCACUCUACGCGUCCUUCCAAUGCCAGAAACACCCAGAGCAGCAAGAAGCCAUCUCAUUGGAGAUUCUGUAGAAGGCCAAUAUGA